AUGCGAAAGGUCAUCAAGGCUUUUGAGGAUGCCAACCGCGACCCUGCUGAGCUGUGGACUGAGGGAGGUCUGAUGCUCCAGCUUAUUGACUUUGAGAAUCUGGUGCUGAAGACGCCUUCUCAGACUCAACGACGAGAGGUGCUCGGCAGCGAAGAUGAGCAAGCAUCAAUUGACAGAGAGAAUGCCGAGCCGACGCUUGAGCCUCUUACAGAGUCGAUAACCAUCGCCGAAACAUCAGCCCUCGAAGUCACAAAGUCCACCAGUGGACAGCCUCAGAACAACGAGGUAGUCAAACCUAUGAGCGCUACCAUCGAGGCCCUACGAAACGGCGAUGGACUGGACAGCCACGGCAUGAUCCGGUGUGCGAACCUAUUUCUCCGCCCUUCAGACUGGUACAUCUUCCCACCGGGGUCCUCCUUCACAGACGCCGACAAAAUUCACGCUGAACACCCUGCUCUGAAAGCCCAACAUAUCGCAUUCUUCGUCUACAGCCAAGCCGAGGACCAAUGGGCGCUCUGUCAUCUCGACGUGAGCAAAGCAACUCUGGUCCACCAUUUGACAAACCAUGUCACCAAGGCGCCGGUAGAGGAACUUGUGGAUUGGUUGAGAUCGCAACCAAAGCUCAACAUGAAAGGUAUGAUGUUCAUGAAGCAGCCCGGCCCUAUUCACAUAGACAGUCCUAGCGGUGGGAUCUAUUCCCUUGUCUUUUUGAAGUGUCUCAUGGCUAAGGAGAGGGUUCCUCGAUACGUUAACAUCGCAACAGCCCGUAUGGAAUUCAUCAAGAUGAUCGGAUCCGCCAAUUCAGACGAAAGCAGGGUUAUCCAAGACUUGACCUCGCCCCAAGACGCUGACUUGCAGGGGGGGACGAUUCUCACUGGGACACCACACGAUCAGGCUGUCCCCAUUGAUACCAAUCUUCAACCUCAUUCUUCCAACUCCAAUCCGGCACAGUAUUCGUCCGACGCGGAACCAACCAGCGCAAAGCAGGGUCUUGCAAUACUCUCUCCUCGCCCGACUCCUGAGCAAUCAGAGCAGACCGUGCCCAUUUCAUCAUCCGAGAGUUCCCUCAAACCCCCACCCGAUGAACAUGAGCUUGUAGGCCCUACAGACGAUGAAGAAGAGAACAGCGAAUCUGCAGUCACUGCACCUACAGACAACGCACGAGCAUCAGAGACCAAUACCCGCCUGAGGGAUCCCGAAGAUCCUCUCACCCUCGCGCAAUCUCUCGAAGCGAACUUCGCCGCUUUUCUCAAUCAACGACGAAAGCUUGAAGCCUUCGUAAAGGCCGAGCAAGCCAGCGCGACGGAGAAUGAUGAGACAAUCGCUGAGCUUAAGCAAGCUCGAGACGAACUCAACAAAAAGCACAGCAGGAGCACAUACGAGCUGAGAUGCAAGGUUUCUGAGUUGGAGACACAACUUGAAGCAGCAAAGGUAGCGCUGGAAACUGCGAAGAUGGCGGAGAAGGAGUCUGAUGCUCGCCUUACGGAACUUGGGGACGAGAUUCGGGGUGAAGAGAGAAGUAAGGCUGAAGCCGCUGAGAGGAUCAAGCAGUGGGAGGCUACGCUGGCAAAGACUGCGUUGCAGUCUAUGUAG